AUGUCCAACAUCAUGGAUACCCUCGACCUAAAUAAUCCCAUCUCAACAAACCCACAACCUAAAUCUAACGUUCUCAAAACAUUCGCAGAAACAACCGCAAACUCACUAUUCCCAAAGAAAGAUCAAGCUAUAGUAUUUAACACAAUUGAAGAUGUCCCCCAAAUUGAGUACAUAAAAGCAUUCAGUCUAAUAACUUCUCCAAAAAAUAUUAAAUUCGCAUCGCGCAUAUCCAACAACAGGUUUUGCAUAUAUUUUGCUAGCAAGAACAUUGUCGAUCAAAUUAUUACCAAACAAUCUUACAUUGUUAUAAAUAAUUAAAAAAUAACGUAUCGCCGUCUUAUCAACCCGGCGAAAAGAAUAAUUAUAUCCAACGUUCAACCCAUUAUACCUCAUGAUAUAAUCACUAAUGCAAUUACCAAUAUCCCGAUUAGAAUUCUUUCUCCGAUUACUUUUAUGGAAGCCGAUUUCGGCAAUGAGGAGUAUGAUCAUAUAGGUAGUUUUCGUCGACAACUAUAUAUACACCCGGAAGAUAACGAAAAAAUGCCGAGUUCAAUACUAAUCAAAUUUGACCAUACCGAUUAUUGGAUAUUUUUCUCAGAUGACACAGUAACAUGUUAUCUUUGUAAACAAAUGGGUCACACCACUAAUCAUUGCAAAAUCGUUAUUGAAAAUAAAACACCAUACAGCCUUAACAACAUCCCACCUCCUGCCACCAUAGAUUACGCUACAGACAACCACACACACAUAGUACCUAAUAUACCAAUCGUUCCGGUCGCCACUAUUAACUCUAAAAUUGAUAUUGAAACUAUCGCCCAACAAAUACCUAUUACGACCCACCAUAGCCAGGAACCUACUGUCGACCAUGGCAAAAGACCAGCCUCAUCCGAUUCGUUAAACAGCAGCCCCGACCACAAACUGAGUAAUACUGAAAUAAUUUCACCGGCUCUGAGGUCAAUACAAAGUCAUCAAACUAACAAUGACACACUCACAACCAAACUUCUAAAUUCAAAUAAAUUUAAUAAAACUCCUCAACCUACACCAAAAAAACCCAAACACUCAAAUUCUAUAGAUCAAAUUGUUAUUAAGCUAGAUGAAACACUUGCACCUGCCAAAUCCGUCUUCAAUCAAAUACCUAACCUUAAAAUAAACUUCUCCCAGCUCAAGUACAUUAUAGAAAACACGCUUGGCGUGCAAAAUCCCGCCAGCAUACUCAACCAACUCGACAUUUCACCCUUAGAAAUGAUCGAAAUUAUUGACUCCAUCUACCCGUCUAUCAAAAACGUCAGUAUCAAAAACAGGCUCACCAGACUAAAUAAAGCAUUAGUCGAGCGUAACCCAUCAGAGGAUCAACUCUAA